GACCGUCCGAGCCAAUUUUUCUCUUGACUAAGCUUAAGAUCUACAGUCAUUUGCUUGGUAACCGGCACCGCUUGUACCGCGCAUUUCCUAACAUGUGCUUUCAUUGAACGAAAGUCCCGAAAGAUGACAGUAGUACUAUUUUGGCCAACCCUACUUUGGAAUAAGCGUAAUGCAUAGAACUCUUUCCGCCGUACUCCAGACUCGCGCGAUCCCGUUAUUGAUAAGACCACCGAAAGGAAAAUUUUGCACAUACCCACAGGGAUGGCGUUCGGGACCCAUUCCGCCUCCACUGCAGUUCCCAUUGAGAUAUUUCCUACCGCCUACGGGUGAUUUAUGUCCACAGUUGUCGCCGCGAUGCGUGCAGACCUUGAUAUGGUCGUUAACCAACCAACCGCCACCAACGCUUUUAUUCGCAAAAGACACCAAUUCAGGUUCAAGCAAAAAGCCCACUAAGAAGCCCAGUGGAUCGUCUUCCAAGGGGUCCGGUGACAAGUCCAAAAAACCUGCAAGCAAAGGAGGUUCAGCGUCUAAAAAACCUUCAAAAUCGGGUGGCAGCUCUGGCAAAGGCUCCUCUAAAGACAAACCUUCAAAGAAGCCAAGUAAAUCAAGUGGAUCGUCGGUUUCCAAAGGCGAUUCAAAGAAGAAGCCCAGUAAAACAGGCGGUUCUUCGAAGAAAGAUAAGGCUAGCAAGAAGCCUAGCGGUACAGAUAAACCGAAAAAGAAAUCCUCUGAUAAGGUGAGUAAGGCACCCUCCAAGGACAAGCCAUCCAAAAAGCCUAGCAAGUCUUCUGGAUCAUCAGGGAAGUCCAGUAAAAAAUCUGGAUCAGGAUCUAAGAAGCCCACAAAAACCACUGGCUCGGAUAAGCCAAAGAAAUCUGGCACGUCCACUGGCAAAACGGGCAAAUCCAAGAAAUCAGGUUCCUCCGCAGUAACAGAUAAGCCGGGAAAAAGCAAAAGCAAGACAUCAGGAUCGAGCAAAACGUCGGGAAAUAAGCCAAAGCCAGCCAAACCAAACACAAAAAAGAAGAAAUGAUAACAAACGCUGAAACGGGUUAAUGUUUUGUUUUACUUUUUACACAUUUUAUUUGUUGCCGCUACCAAAGUUUUGGUAACGCGUGCUGAUCGCCAGUAAAAAGCAAUUUUGCCGGCGAAGUGCAACUACUUUU